CAGCCGCCUUGCCGGCAGGAUGCAGAUGCUGGGAAGAGCGAUGAGGAUGGAGGCCCGCGAGGCAGCGCCGCCGGCGGGGGCGGGCGGCUGGAGCAAGUGGGUGAGGCUCAACGUGGGGGGCACGGUGUUCCUGACCACCCGGCAAACGCUGUGCCGCGAGCAGAAGUCCUUCCUCAGCCGCCUGUGCCAGGGGGAAGAGCUGCAGUCUGACCGGGAUGAGACUGGGGCCUACCUCAUCGACCGCGACCCCACCUACUUCGGGCCUAUCCUCAACUUCCUCCGGCAUGGCAAGCUGGUGCUGGACAAGGACAUGGCUGAGGAGGGGGUCCUGGAGGAAGCGGAGUUCUACAACAUCGGCCCGCUGAUCCGCAUCAUCAAAGACCGGAUGGAGGAGAAGGAUUAUACCGUCACACAGGUCCCGCCCAAGCACGUGUACCGCGUGCUGCAGUGCCAGGAGGAGGAGCUCACGCAGAUGGUCUCCACCAUGUCCGACGGCUGGCGCUUCGAGCAGCUGGUGAACAUCGGCUCCUCCUACAACUAUGGCAGCGAGGACCAGGCAGAGUUCCUGUGCGUGGUGUCCAAGGAGCUCUACAGCUCCCCGCACGGACUGAGCUCCGAGUCCAGCCGCAAAACCAAGCGCGCGGAGGAGCAGCUGGAGGAGGAGCGGCUGGAGGAGGAGGUGGAGGUGGCACAGGUGCAGGUGGAGGUGGAGGCAGAUACCCAGGAGAAAGGUGCAGCCAACCCCCAAGGAGAACGACCGCUCAUAAAAGCCGUGCCUCCCGCCCGCCCCCUGCUGGAGCCCGCUGCGGAACCUGGGGUCCCGGGACGGCCGGGGGGCGGGCCCACCAGGGUUAGCGCAGCCGCGUGCCUGGCGCCUCACCUGCAUAACCAUCCCUUCUCUCACUUUCUCUUUGCAGCCCAGUCAUCUCAGGAUCCCGCUAACCUUUUCUCCCUCUCACCACCGCCUCCUCCUCCUCCUCCGCUUCCCGCCGGAGGUCCUGCCUCAUCUUCAUCUACCUCUUCUUCCUCCUGGAUCUCAUCUACACCCUGCCUCUUCCCUCUCUGCCCCUGUCCGGGUUUUCUCUCUGCCUUCUCACACCUCCAUCCCGGGGCUGCCGUGGUCCCGGCCUCCUGUGCCCUCCACCCAGGUGCCCCGGCCCCGCAUCCCAGAGCAUCCCACCUGCCGCCUCCUGCUCCCCUUCUGGCACCUCCCGCCUCCGGACCCGGGGCAGAGGGGCACAGCUGCACCCCCUUGGUGCCCGCCGACCCCGCCGGGCACAUCUGAGGCCGGGCCUCACCUCCUCGCCUCCUCCUCACGUUUCCUCCUUGCAGGUUCCUGUCUGCACCCCCCUCAGACCUGAGGCUGCGCUUGCGGUGAGGGCUUCUCCUGGGCCCCUCGCCCGCCCCCAGAGCUGCCAUGCCUGGUUUGUAGCUUGGCAGGGCUGGAGGGAGGGGCGGGAGCCAGGAGGAUGCUCAUCUCUUGUUUUUUGGACUUGA